AUGGCUAGCAAAGGAGGAACUAAUGGAAAACCAAAACCUGGUGACUGCCAUCUCAUAUUACUUCCACAUCAAUACACGGCAUAUGAUUCUAUGCUUCUAAUGUGGCAAUAUAAUUUUUGUUACUUGAUCAGGAAAGAAGAAGGAAGUGAAGAAGGAAACUGGACUUGGUUUAACUUAUAAGAAAGAUGAGAAUUUUGGAGAAUGGUAUUCUGAAGUAAGCCUAAUACCUCGCCUUUCUUCAAUUCCUAACUAGCUUUUCUAUUUUAAAGCUUAAUGUAUCAUAAUACCAAGGGUAUACACAAGUUGGAUAUUCAUCUAGGGUUACUCGGAUCUCCUCAGUAGGACUGGUGGAUGUUUCUCACAGUUCAACUGAUGAAAUCAACAAACGUCUUGUAUUUGAAGAAAUACGCGGUGAUCAACUUAGUUGUUUGGGUGGCAAGAUGAUUGAAUACUAUGUCUCACCUAGUUGCGAUGUCUUAAGACUGUUCAAUUGCUAUUUGGAAGAAUUGACGUGUAAACUGGUUUUCCAGGUUGUUGUUAGCAGCGAGAUGAUCGAAUAUUAUGACAUCUCUGGUUGCUAUAUCUUAAGGCCUUGGUCAAUUGCUAUUUGGGAGAACUUGCAUGUAAGUUGAGUUUUUGUUGUACCUCAGUUCUUUUUUAGCAUCAUCCAAUCUUCAGUAAAAUAGUGUCUUUCUGUACCUUACUCAUUAACAUCUGAUUCCUGUUGCCGUAUAGUUGCAUUCUAUAACAUUUCAAACGUGUUGUUUUUCUUUUUUUAUUUCAACAAUUUUAUGAGUACCAUCUUUUGUUUACAAUUGUUUAGUCUUAGAGUAUAUGUUAAUUUUCUCUUUGUUUGCUGGGUUAGUGGUGGCUAUGUGUUGAAAGAAUUGCCAUUAUCAGUUACAGAGGUAGUUUAACUUAGUCACAAGAUCUCAGACAGUGUCUAUAAGGAAGCAUAGCUGAAGAAUCAAAAAAGGAAAAAAAUACUGUUUUCUAUACCUUGGAUAUGCUCUAUUGACUUUGCUUAUGGCCUGCACCAAUGAACUGCAUUUCUGUGCGCCUGAGUUCUCUAUUCUGAGUUGUCACAUUACAUAAUUUACAAUGUGGUCAAUAUGCAGGCCUUUUUUGAUCCGGAGAUCAAGAGGAUGAACGUCAAAAAUGCAUACUUUCCUCUUUUUGUAUCAGAUUCUGUCUUACAAAAGGAGAAGGAUCACAUUGAAGGUUUUGCUCCAGAGGUGAGAUAUAUCUCAUCUAAUGGACUUAUUUCUGCAAUGGAAUAACGAAAAAAAAUUAAAUUUUUCUCUGAUCUGCAUUACCUUAUUUAUUUUGUAUAUUUCGUAGAUGGUUUUGAUUUUUGGAAUUGGAUUGUACCACCUAUAUGUUAAACCUGAAUAAGAAAAAGCAAUGUACAUUAGUAGUAUCAAUGCGCUCUCAGAAAAUGCAGUGUGCAGAGGUAGUAAAGGGUAUCUUAGGUGUUCAAUCCCCCAAAACAGAGUGCAUUUCAUAUAGCAUUCCUAGAGGUCAACUUAAAUUUGUGUGCGUAUAUGGUGGAGAAAAUUUCCUCGUCUGCAUAUGGGUUUCUAAUUUAAAUUAAAUUCCUCUUUUGGUUAAGUUAUGAGGGGUCAGGUUUGUCCAGCAGCAGUCAAUAGAUGGCUAUCUUUUAAACUUGUGUUCUCUUUAAUUUUUUUUUUCCUACUCCUUUGAUGUGAUCGUCCUGCCCCUCUUAUCCCUCACCUUGAUGCAGGAAUUUUCUUGUUUUUUUGACGCUUACUAAUUAGUUUCUAGGGUUUUUGUCCCUGGAAUUCUUAUUCCUUGUAUCUUCCCCAAUAUUUUCCUUCUGUGGUACGAGGUCCUAUGAUUUCUCUAUUUGUUCUGUUUUGUACUUGACUCGUAAGAUCUCUUGAUAUUAUUCCAGAGGUCUUGGUCUGUUCAGGUAUUGCUUAUUUUUUGCUGAAUUCUAGUUUUGGAUAAAUGCUAAUUUCUUAACCAUUUAUGUGCCUCUUAUUAUUAGGUGGCCUGGGUUACAAAGUCUGGGAAAACUGAGUUAGAAGUCCCUAUUGCAGUUCGUCCCACGAGUGAGACGGUGAUGUAUCCAUAUUAUUCAAAAUGGAUAAGAGGCCAUCGGGACUUACCUCUGAGGCUUAACCAGUGGUGCAAUGUUGUUCGAUGGGAGUUUAGCAAUCCUACUCCUUUUAUCAGGUGGACAUCUUCGCUACAUAGUAUACUAUUCGUACAUUGUUAUAUGCAAUUGAGUUGGUAGACUGUGCUUCGUGAUAUCGUAUCAGUCGUGUUGUUAUAAAGAAACAUCGGACUCUAUUUUUUAGUUAAUUCUGCAGAAUUGUCUCCUCAGAUAUUCAAUUUCGUGGACUACAAAUGCUAUAAAAUUAUGGCGAUUCAUAAUUUUUUUUUUCCUGUUUUCUCUCUUUCCAUUUGACUCAAAACAAGACAGAACACCGUAAUUCCAACCUAGAUCCAUUCCAAAAUGCCUGAUUUUGCCCAUUUGAGAGGACAAACAUGAUUAGUAGAAAACGAAAAAUUUAUUCACCUUAUUAUCAUCUAGUCUGGCAAAGUUCUGCCUGACUUUAUUCCUGGAAAAAUAAAUUGGUCCAGUAUCCGAUGUUCUGGGCACAUUCUACCUUAGGAAUACGAAAAUGCACUCAUCCAUGUUGUGGAGUGUGUAGGUAUUGCAUUUAUUUAUGUCGUGGUUAGUUUCUUAGCUGGAGUUUUUGGGAUGUGGAUGUAAUAUUAAUCGCCUAAGUGAGAAAAUAUGCAAUGUUUUAAAAAUAAAUAAAAUAGUUCAUGCUCGUGUAGCUCAUUCAACCUCUUCCAGCUUCAUGUAUGAAGGCACACAGAUGCAAACCUUUCGUUCCCUUUCCAAUAUUUGUCUUGAGGAAGUCCUAUUCCCCAUCUCAGUAAUCGCUGAAUCCUGAUAUUCAUUGCGUUAAUAUUUUUAGUGUUUGCAUGAAUAUCACGUGCCCAGAAGUAACAGGAAAAAGAUUUUUAAGAUUUCACAUUUCUUGAUGGACGUGAUAGGUAACAAAUGCUAAAUAAAUUAAUAAAUCAGAAUACCAAACGAAAGCGUAUUAUCCCUGUACAAAAACGCAUGGGUAUUGGUGUGGUUCCUGUGACGUCAUUCUAGGGGGGGGGGGGUGAGCAGAUCGCCUGAUAAGUAUUACCGAAAUCGCACUGACGCUACAGUAGUGGACCUCUGACAGCAGUGUGAAGUAAUCCCUUAACAAUGGGACUGAUUCCAGACACGUUGGAAUCUUUUGGCCCAUCUUAUUGAAUAUUUUUUUUUCCUUCAUGGAUUUUACCUGGGAUUCUACCAAAACUGAUUUUUUUUCCUGAGAAAUCAGUUAAUCCGGAAAGUAAUUAUCUUCCCUCAAAACUAGACGUAUACUCCACUUUUCGAAACUCACUUUCUUGUCUCUACUUUCUUUUGUCACUUGCUAUGUUUCUUUAGAUUUAUUCCAUUUAACGACAACUGAUUCUACCAUUUAAUGAUGUAAGUUGUAUAGCUAAGGGGACACUGAUGUAGCGGUUCGCUCAUGGAAAAAUCUUAACCGAAUCUACAAUCUAAUUAUAAAAUUCAUUUCCGUGUUUCUCUUUCUCAUUGUGUUAGCUCACAUUUCUGGCACCCACGGAUGCUUACAUGUUAACAUAAAUAUUGAUAAUAUGUCUGUUGUAACAAAUAUUUAUGCUGAUAUUAUGAUCAUUAUUCUAGGAGUCGCGAAUUUCUUUGGCAAGAAGGUCAUACAGCGUUUGCAACAAAAGAUGAAGCGGAUCAAGAAGUAUGAAUAUUUCUUUAUUAACUUCCUGUGGCUUACUUUGAAAAUAUAGUAUAUUUUCUAUUCAUUAGUGUAUCACCUUCAUUCUGACCACCGAAAGUCGAAAAGGAACUCAAUAAGUGAAUCGAUUUUGAUAGUAGAUUCAAUGUUAUUGUUUUAAGGAAAUGAAGAUAUUUACUCUGAGUUUCACUUGGGUUGGGGUAGGCUUUCAUACUUAUCUAAAUUGUACAUUAGUCACUCAGCUGCCAUGUCAAGCAGAUACAUCUUGUCUACACAGUGACUAUAGGGCAAUGCAUCAGCAAAGGCUGUAUGCUACUUUUGAGAGAUUUUAGGCCUAUAUCUGAGUGAUCUAUGUCUCAACAGGCUCUAAAUUCAUGCUACCAAUUAGAUUUCAUCAAGUGGGCGAUUAGUCAUCUGUGUGAAACGUAUGCUGAGGCAUAGUUCCCAUAUUGGCCAGUAUUUUUGUGGUUAUGGGGUAGAUGUGGUUCAUUGUGCGGGAAGGUAGAAGUUGCUGGUUUUAUUGGGGUAGUCAGAAUGAAGGGGUGAAUUUAGAUCCAGGAUCCAAAUAUGCUGAUAACAUUAUUAAUUUGAAACCAAUGGUAAGGCCAGGGUUGAUAAUGGGAUAUGGUUGCUCCUCUUUCGUUUGGUAAAUCUGUCGUGGGGUUUGUAUUGAACCAUUAAAUUUUGUGACAUUAUGUAAGGCUAUGUAAAAAUGCAUAUUGCAUCCCCUUUUGGAUGGCAAACACGGUCUAUGGCUGCAAUCAUCAUUAGGGUGAUGGGUUCUCUCGAAAUCUGUUCUUUUAGGCCUAGCAACAUCUCAUUUCUUCCUCUUGUAGUUUCCAGACGAUGGCAGAUGGCAUCACAUGGCAUCACAUUGGAUGACUGACUGAGCUGGACCUGAUUGUCACAGAAUCUGAUCUGUCAAGUAUUGGCUGAUUCUAUAAUAUGAAAUCUGGCGACAGACGAAUUUAUAACAGCUGGACUUUGUCCACAACAUAUAUUUGAGUAAAGUAAUUGAUGAAAAAAAGUGGUCUUUUAAGUAGAUCAUGAAGUAAAACAUAUAAGAACGGGGCAUUCUGGUUUUUAAUGGUGACUUGAACAAGCUAUUUCCAAUCAAGAUAAUUUUCUUUCUGAAAAUUCUCAUCAGAAGCUCAUAUUGGAAUUGAACAUAAAAUCACUCAUCGGGAUACCUUGAAGUGUGUUUUCUGCGGUAUCUUCAUAGAAAUCAUUAAUCAGGUCUCUGUAUCCCAUGUUUCUCAUCCUGGAUAAUACCAUGACGAAUCCUCAGAUAUUUGUGGUUUGGCAGCAUUGAUGUGGAAUGGUUUGUCCAGACUCGGAUUAAAAUUACUGUAUGGGAAUUGACAACAAAUGUUAGAAGCUUCUUUUACUAGUUCUUCUUUCGACAACUUGCUAGUAAAGUGCCAGAAGAAAUAUCUGGAUAUCUUCUGGGCAGAGUUAUGCACGACCAAGCUGCUUCUGCGUUAGUGAUUUUAGUAUACCUAUUGAUUGGCCUGAUGACCAGCCAUCUCCUAAAUAUCUGACCUGAUUCUGAACAGUAGUUUUGAUUUCUACCUUUACUGUAUUUUCUGCUUAACGUUUAACUUUUGGUAAGUUCAUGACAGUGCCAUCCAUUUUCAGUUAGCCUUGAUCUAAGCCUCAAAAUUUCGAGCUGAUAACAUCUCAGCAAUGAGCACCAUUAUUACUUUCUUUCCUUAUCAGAGCAGGUUAUGUUCUUUUACGAUAGGUUUAUAUUUAACAGAUAUGUAUGAUUGUAUCUAGUUAGUAGAUGGCUAGCCAUCUGCAUACCUUUGCUGGAGGUUCUUCCAUUUUAAAAGAAAUGAAUCUGUAGAUGUUGCUUGCGUGAAUGUGUAUUCUUAUUGAAAUAACCUAGGGAAACUUAUCAUUUUUCGUUUUAAAUUCUGAAUGGAACAUAGAUUGAUCCUAAAAUCUCCUCAUUCAUUGUUUUCGGUUUCAACUGGUAAAUGUUGCAUGAGUCUAGGUUCUUGAGAUACUUGAGCUCUACCGGAGAAUAUAUGAGGAAUACCUGGCGAUUCCAGUUAUCAAAGGGAAGAAAAGUGAAUUAGAAAAAUUUGCUGGUGGACUAUACACAACAAGUGUUGAGGUAUGUAAUAAGUACUUCAAAAAUUUAAAGCUAUAAUGUGUAUGAAAUAUAUAUAUUCCUGGUGCAGUACUUUUAUUUUUUUAAUCUAUUCUUAUCAAUCAUUUCUUCUUCUUCUUAGGCUUUCAUCCCAAACACAGGUCGUGGAAUACAAGGUGCGACAUCACAUUGUCUUGGACAAAAUUUUGCAAAAAUGUUUCAGAUUACCUUUGAGAAUGAAAGUCGAGAGAAAUUGAUGGUCUGGCAGAAUUCCUGGGCCUAUAGUACUCGCACGGUAAUUGUCCAUAUAUCACUUUCUGUUAACAAUGGGUAACUGGAACCAUUUAUUUUGUUGAGAAAUGCUAAUACUCGUGAAACAAAAGAUAGUUAGUGAGGUGUUCGCUCCGGUGAAAGUUUAUCAAAUCCUUUUUGGUACAGCAAAAGUCGCAAGGUGUCUAAAGAUCAGACUGCCCUCUUUAAAGUUCAUUCAUACUAUUGUGAUUUUAGUUUUUUCUGUGAAAACUCAGAUCAAUCUUCAUUAGUCGACUAUGGGCCAUUAAUAUGUGACUAGGAACUACGCUUCAUCCAAAUUAUUCACUGACUAAUCUUUCUAAUACGUCCGAGCUCUCUACCUGCAGUUCUUUUCUUUCUGGUGUCUCAGUUAUAAUAGGGUUUUUCGGAGUUUUUGGUUCAGUUCGAAGUUAAAUCGUAUGUGGAAACUCACAUUAAAUUCUUCUUGCAGAUUGGUGUAAUGGUAAUGGUUCAUGGAGAUGACAAAGGCCUUGUCUUACCUCCUAAAGUGGCAGCUGUCCAAGCCAUUGUGAUCCCAGUGCCGUACAAGGAUGCAGAUACACAAGGCAUAUUCAAUGCCUGCUCUUCAACAGUGAGCUUACUUAGUGCUGCAGGAUUGCGAGUUGAGGCUGAUUUAAGGGAUAAUUAUUCUCCUGGUUGGAAAUAUUCUCAUUGGGAAAUGAAAGGUGUUCCAUUAAGAAUUGAAAUCGGCCCUAAAGACUUGGCCAAUAAACAGGUAGUCUCGCUUUUCUGAGCAAAAUAUCAAUUAAAUAUUAUGAUGUUUCCUUCAUGUGUCAAGGAGAUCGGAGUGAAAAUAGGUGGCUGGAAUUGUAGUCUCAUUUUUCCUGUUGAAAAAUUAGCUUUCAUGUAAAAUAAUACCAAAUUCUCAUACUUGUCAAACGUCAGCAUAGUGGAAACUAUAAAAUAACAUCUGGAUAUGUCAUUUAUCAUAGACAAAGUUUAAGGUGUACUAUUUCUUGUUAUUAUUCAUUUUAUUGAGGAAUUAUUGACCGGGAAAGUUGUUAUAUUGGAAUCUCAUUUUACAAUAUCUGUCACGUUUCUUCACACCUCGCUUCUUUUGUUUUGUGUUUCUCUCUUGUUACUGUAUUGGGGUUAAUUUCGUUUGUUACACGAGAUCAAAAUAAUUUUUUUCUGUCUUCUUCAGGUUGAAUGUUCGACCAUCUCUCUGAAAUAUGAUUUGUUUUUCGUUGAUUUUACAGGUACGUGUUGUUCGACGUGAUGAUGGUAGUAAGCAGGAUAUAGCUAUGGACAAUUUAGUUGAGCAAGUCAAGAAAAUCUUGGAGAACAUCCAUGAGAGUCUGUUUAACAAAGCAAAGGAAAAGAGGGAUGAUUGUAUUCAGAAGGUUCAUACAUGGGAUGAAUUUGCGGUUGCUCUCAAUGAUAAGAAAAUGAUCCUGGCUCCAUGGUGUGAUGAGGAGGUAUCUAACUUCUUUUAGUCCAUUGUUCUGCCAUCUUUUUUUGACGGCUCUUCCUGAGUGAAAACUAGCAUAAAUAUAGCUACACCAUAUUCUCCUCGGCUUUAUUAUUAUUAGAAUGUUUUUUCUUAACUGUCUUAAUAGGUGUAUGUACGAGUGCUCCUAGUGUGAUACGACACGAAUCUAGUUAAUCGUUUUAAAUAUGCUUGAAGGGUAAUAUGCGAGGUUGUGAUGAUUACUUUCUGUCAACAUGUUUUUGUGCUUAAAUUGUCUGUUGACUGAUAGCCGAAUUGGCAUAUUAUGGAAUGUAUUGCUUCAUCCCAUAGAAUAAGACACCUGUCAUGGCCUGAUUGCCUACUCAUCAACAAUAUGAUCCCUGCCCUUUUACUUUCUUGUUUGCUUGUUUUUCUUUCAUGCUGCUAAAAUUAUCUAAAUCAGAGGACUGACAUGAUAUAUGAGCAUCGAAGGGCAAAGCAUGCACGGAAGUUCAAAUCCCUCUAUAUUCUCUAUUGUUCUCCAGAAAAAAGAAAAAAACACAACUCAUUUUUUGUUAUGGUUUUGGUUAUGCUAUCUUAGGAAGUAGAAAAAGAUGUAAAAGCACGGACAAAGGGUGAAAUGGGAGCAGCAAAGUCGCUGUGCACCCCAUUUGAUCAGCCAGAACUUCCUGAAGGUAAAUCAUAUCCUCUCUUUUAUUUUUGCAUGCUAUUCUUGUAAAUAGCUAUAACUUUCUUACAAUAUGCACGUUGAUAAUCAUUCAAACACGCGGGCUUUUUUUUUUUUAGCUUAAUCUUUCGUUUACUAGCUAUUCUUGUUAAGAGGUAAAUCAUUCUUAUGUAUGAUAUUAAAUAGGCUGAAUCUAUUGCGGAGAAAGAUUGGGUUUUGUGGAAAAGAAGGAUAUUUCACUGUACAUGAAACGUAGAUUGCAAACAAAAUAUCUACCAUGCAAAGAUUGUGAAUGAUUCAGAUGCUUGGCGUUAUAUCGGUGGCUAUUAUCCGCAGAUGCGCUUUAGGUUUUCUCUGUUUGGGAGGGUUGAAAUGAAAAUAAGUUGGAUAAGUAUAAUAGCUGAAGGUAGAAAUAACCCGGUAAGGGGAUCAAUCAUUUGCUUUUAAAUUGUUUUAUCAGAGAAGAAUCGUUCUUAUGUGGACUAGCUGAUACUUAUUCUUUGUUUCUCCCAAGUAAUUCCCAACUUGAACCUCUCACUAGAGCGAGGCUGAGAUCGUUCGCACCCUCUUUUUUUAAGAUCAUGGGGGAUGGAUCGUGCUAAUCGUCGAAGUUUGUAUUGCGAUCAGGAUUGCACAGCGGACAGUAUUCCAUUCGGUGUUUGAGCUUUUAAUGAUCGGAUUUCAAGUAGCAGAAUCUGAUUUUAUUGGAAUUGCUCUUAGUAAGAAUAUAGUGAGAUGGGCCUAAUUGCUAGCCAGACUGGGAGUCAGAGAUCUUUUGAUUGAGAUCAGAUAUUUCCUCAAUCGUUGACACUUGAUGCCAGAUAUUUGUGAGGGGACAAAACUGGAGGCAUUUGCAAAUCAACCUGAAUAAGAAUUGAACCAGGUGGCCGAAUUAAUUAAAUCGUGAGACGUCCAACCCUGGACAGGGUUGCCCUGCGCUCCUAUCUCGAAGGGGCACUUCGUCUGGCGUAAUGGGGACGGACCUCAUGAUGGCUGGACUUGACGAAAAUCUGUUUCUGUUUGUGUUUGAUCUUGUUUCUCUCUUCAGUUUCGGUCUUCUCUCUUCUCUGUCAUGUUCUGCGGAUCAGAGGGGUUCUCUUUCGACGAUUCUUUUGUGCGGUUAUUGACAUUUCAGUCAAAGUUGACUUUGGGUGAUAUGCUUGCUGGACUUGACGAAAAUAUGCUUCUGUUUGUGUUUGACCUUGUUUCUCUCUUCAGUUUCGGUCUUCUCUCUUCUCUGUCAUGUUCUGCGGAUCAGAGGCGUUCUCUUUCGACAAUUCUUUUGUGCGGUUAUUGACAUUUCAAGCAAAGUUGACUUUGGCUGAUAUGCCAGCUAGGAAAAAAAGUAGUUUUAAGAUAACAUAUUCUCACUCCAAACCGCCUCCUAUGCAGGGACCCUCUGCUUUGCUUCCGGAAAGCCUGCCAAGAAGUGGACCUACUGGGGUCGUAGUUAUUGA